CACCACAAUUGAUAUUGGUGCACAAGUCAGAGAAAGACGAUAAAUCAAGCGAAAGAAUUGAAUUUGAACGAAUACUCGCAGAAGAAGUACAAUGGAUUUGCCGAAAAAUUUGCAAAUUCCACAUUCGGUUGAAGAAUGUAUUUAUCUAAUGCGUUCGUACAUUUACAUCGACAAGUACACUUGUGAGGUGCACAUUCGCGAAAUCACGCCGUCACUUGUGCCUGGUUUCAUUUUGGGUAUCUGCGCUCAAAUACCAUUUUUGUAUAGCUAUGUCAAACCGUACAUUAAAGAUGUAAUGCGAGGACAUGUCUACGAAGUUGCAAUCAGCGAUCAAUACAAACAAGAAAUGGUUCGCAACGAAUUUGUCAACGCACAACUGUUAUACUACAAUUACACGCCGGCUGAUUGUGACUAUGUGCUGUCUGUCAUUUUGAAUGCCGUGGUUCGAUCGACAUUCGGUCAUGUGAACGCCAAUUUUCUGUCACAGAUGGAAGAGAGUUCACAGCACAUUUCACAAAUGGCCAACAUUUUUCCAAUGGCAUUCUAUUUCCCGCAAACAUUCCGUCACAUAAUGAGAACUACAUUGAUCUCAACGCCCGAGCUUCGCAUACGUAUGAUGUCGCUGUUGUGUCAAAACCAUUUUUAUCAGAAAAAUUCCGUUUGGUCUUUGGUUAAGCGCUACAUUUGGAUUCAAGUGCGUAAUUUCCACAUGGGUACGUUCAUGGCAAUCGGUGAUUGGUAUGAAGCACGUGAGAAAACGCUCGCACAUGUUGAUGCCGAAAUCGUUGAUGAGAUGAAGCGGUAUGAAAUUGUUAUGGCCCAGAUGAAAGCAAUUGCUCACGAGCAAGGUUACAACUUGGGCACAUUUCGUAUUUUGAAUCCGAAGUCGGAUCUUCCGUAUUUACGUCAAUUCCCCAAUUCCGCCUACUGUGCCAUUGAAUGGAAGAAAAAGAUCAACAGUGGCUGGAAACACUAUCACUAUGAUUUGGAUCGCUUUGGUAUCGAUACGCAGAGUUUGGAUAGAAUGAUGUCGAUCCCAGUGAAGUUUACUUUGAAACGUCGAUUGAACGAUGAAGAAAUUGAGACAAUCUCCGCGAAACGUUUCAAAGUUCUGGAAACGGUUUUCACAGCCGCCGACGACGACGACGAUGCUGACAACCAAAAUGACGAAGAGAUUGAAAACGAAACGGAAGCAGAAAACAUGCCGAAAAAUGAAAACGUUUCACAAGAAGUAUGAAACAUAAACAAUCUUAUUAUAGAAAUGGAUUGACCCAUGAAAAAAAUAUCUAACAUAAACAAAUGACCACGUGAUAAACGAUUCUAAUCUGAAUAAUCAUUCCAUGACAUGUACUUAACUUUAAUUCAUUGACUCAAAGUCUUCAACUCUCAAAGCGAAACUCCAAGUGGACUGAUAUCUUAAAUGCAACUUUACCUCUUUUCAUAAAAAAAUAAAAGCUAUUAUUCCAUAAAAAUGUUCUAAUCAUAUGCGAGUCAUCAGUAUAGAUCAAACAGAUUUUUUUUUAGUUAAAAUCAAAGGAACUUAUUGUUCUUUUCCAUUAUUUUUUAUAAAUAAAUACAUAGUUAUUCCUAUUGAA